AUGUGGGAAAAGAGACGCGAGGCAGAGGAUGAGAUGAGUAACCUCGAAGUGUUUGGCGGCACCGACGAAGAAGAAAUGCGCCUGGAAGACUUCAUAGCGCUUGGAGGCAAGCCUGUAUCCCGGGGCCAUCUCAGCUUCCAAGAUGCAGACCUUAGGAUUCUGCAGGACGGCGCCUUCGGUGGAAACCUGAUUGCGAAGACUGCGAGAAGCCAGAGGAAGAAGAGAACUGGGACCCGUGGGAGGAAUGGCGAGAGGGUUCGAAGGACGACUUCGGAUCUUGACGUAGAGGUCAAUGUAAUGCAGUAUUACUCAAAAAGUGCCCUCAUCAUCAUGCUCCAGGCAUGUUUCGAGAGAUUUGGGACGGAUUGA